AUGGUGGCGUUGUGUGUGGUAGUUUGCCCGCGUAGGAUACUGCUGCUUGCCCAGAAGGCAAUCGAGCACUUCGAGUCCUACAUCUCCCAACGCUCCUCCCUCUCCCAAAACGACGUCGCGUCCUUCUUCUCCCCCUCCUGGUGCACUCCUUGGGAGAACUCCCUCUUCUGGAUCGCCGGCUGCCGCCCCUCUGCCUUCAUCCGCCUCGUCUACGCCCUCGACGGCGCUGACAUCGAGUCCAAGCUCUCCGAAAUUCUCCGAGGCAAGACCAUGCGGGCGGUGGACGAGCUGCAGCGGCAGACGAUUCGGGAGGAGGAGAGGCUGACGGCGAGGCUGGCGGGGCUACAGGAGGACAUGGCGGAUCAACCGAUCUCCGCCAUCGCGAAAGGCAUCGACUGGAUCGGAGAAAUGAGCGGAGAGAUCGAGAAGGUUCUGAACGAGCACGAACGAUCCAUGGUUGAAGUUCUAGAGGAGGAUGAUAAGCUCAGGCUGAACACGCUGAAGGAGAUUCUAGGGAUUUUACAUCCGGUGCAAGGGGUGGAUUUCUGGCCAUGA